AUGUCUCUGUCCACCAUGAAGGACAACCUUGAGAACUCUAUCGCGCGCCGCGAGCAGCUUAUCAAGGAGUGCAAAGAGGCCCAACUGGAGGCGGCUAAGCAAAUCUCCACUCUUCAGGCUACCUUGGAGGCGGAGCGCCGCCAACGGGACACCGAGUUUGCUUCCCUUAUGGCGAAGGAGCGCCUAGAGUUCGAAGUGAAUUUGGCCGCCCUGGCGGCGGACAAGGAGGCACUUACUCAGGACUUGGGCGCCCGGGAUACCGAGCUUGCGACCUUGAAGGAGGAGAAGGCCUCUCUCGAGGACAAGGUGAAGGCGGCUGCAUACCGCCGAGGGGACUACAAGAAGGCCUUGAGGGACGCCCGCAAGGAAAUAAGAGCCCUCAAGGCGUCCCUCAAGCGCUUCGCGAGCUCGGAGGCGGGGCAGGAGCUGAUUGCCAAGGCGUCUCUGGACAGCUUGGUGCUUGCCAAGAGGAAGCUUGAUCAAGAGUACCCCGACAUCGUCGUGGACUUUUCCGACCUUGUGAACUUUGUCAUUGAGGAGAUGCAGAAUGAACAGGAGGAGGCGGCUGAGGAGAAUGACGCGGCGCCUACUGGGAGUGGGGAGGCUCCUUCUCCGCAAGAAAGUGACUCCUCAAUGGAGGAUGCCUCCUCAGAGGCGGAAUAG